GGCUGGGAAGCUCAGUGCCAUGUGCUGAUGCUGCCUGUUGCCCCCAGCCCCCCCGUGGUGCCCAGGGCAGCUCUCUGCAGGCAGCCUGGGAGGAACGGAUCAGCAACUCGACUUCCCCUCUAAGCAGCGCGACAAUGUGGUUUAACCUGUGGGUUCCAGCUUCCUGCACUGGGCGGCCCGAGGCAGUGCAGAGUCACAGCUCCCCAGGCCCCACACUGGAGCCCCUGGUGCCCCCGGACACGGGCUCUGAGCCACCACAGGGUCUCCAGCCCCCCACCAUGGAGCCCCGUGUGCGGCGCCGAUUCUCCUUGGUGGACAACAGCCAGCAGAAGUGGACGCCUCGUCUGCGCUCGCUCUCCACGGCCCGCAGCACGGACAGUCUGGAUGGGACAGGGGAUGGGCCGAUCCGCCCCCUGGGGAACACAGCCACCAGCGUCAAGGGGAAAGCCCCCAAGAGGCUGUCCAUCACCCGAGCCCAUUUCCCCAAGCUGGCUGAAUGCGCCCACUUCCACUACGAGGCCGUGGACUUUGGACACAUCCAGCUCCUGCUGGCCUCCGAGCAAGGGGAGGGGCUGCCUGGUACCCUGGGGGACGGGGAGCUGCUCUUCAUCGUCCAGGUCACCUGCCAGGGGAAGACGUGGCCCGUUCACCGCAGCUAUGAGGAGUUCUGCAGGCUGGACGGGCACCUGCACUGCUGCAUCUUCGACCGCCGCUUCUCCCAGCUGCCCGAGCUGCCACCGCCCUGCCAGGCCCGGGAACAGGCUGAGAUGCUGGCCCCAGUCCUGCGGCAGUAUCUGGAGAAGCUCUCUGCCAUUGUGGACAGCAACAUUAACUGCGGGCCCGUCCUCACCUGGAUGGAGAUCGAUAACCAUGGCAACCGGCUGCUGGUGAACGAGGAGGCCUCUAUCAACGUCCCAGCCAUCGCGGCCGCCCAUGUCAUCAAGCGCUACACGGCCCAGGCCCCUGAUGAGCUGUCCUUCGAGGUCGGGGACAUUGUGUCAGUAAUCGACAUGCCCCCCAAGGAGGAGAUCAGCUGGUGGCGAGGAAAGCACGGAUUCCAGGUCGGCUUCUUCCCCAGCGAGUGUGUUGAGCUCUUUCCGGACCGCCUGGCGCUAGGGCUCAAAGCAGACACAGACGGGAUGGGCACCAGCAUCCCUGGGGUCCUCACGCCUCAGGGGCCCCUCUCCCCGACGUUGGUUCGUGACACAGUGUGUAAGAAGCACGGGAAGCUCCUCGGUUUCCUUCGCACCUUCAUAAAGUCGCGGCCCAGCAAGCAGCGACUGAAGCAGCGCGGGAUCCUGCGUGAGCGUGUCUUCGGCUGCGACCUGGGGGAGCACCUCCUGAACUCGGGGCACGAUGUUCCCCAGGUCCUGCGCUGCUGCUCAGAGUUCAUCGAGAAGCAUGGCCUGGUGGACGGGAUCUAUCGCCUCUCGGGUGUCGCCUCCAACAUCCAGAAGCUGCGGCACGAGUUCGACAGCGAGCGGGUGCCAGAGCUGGGCCGGGCGACCUACCUGCAGGACAUCCACUGCGUGAGCUCCCUGUGCAAGCUGUACUUCCGCGAGCUGCCCAACCCGCUACUCACCUACCAGCUCUACCACAACUUCGCGGAGGCCAUGGCGGUGCCCAGCGAGGAGGAGCGCCUGGUGCGGGUGCAUGACGUCAUCCAGCAGCUGCCCCCGCCCCACUACAGGACCCUGGAGUUCCUGCUGCGGCACCUGGCACGGGUAGCCACGCACAGCCCAGACACCAGCAUGCACGUCAAGAACCUGGCCAUCGUGUGGGCCCCCAACCUGCUCCGGUCCCUGGAGCUGGAGGCCGUGGGGCUGAGUGGGGCGGAGGCCUUCCACGAGGUGCGGGUCCAGUCCGUUGUGGUCGAGUUCCUGCUCAGCCACGUCCAGGUGCUGUUCAGCGACAAGUUCACCUCCAUCGGCAAGGACAGCGCAGGUCGCUCCUGCCUCCCGCGCCCCAAGUCCCUGCUGGGCAGCUGCCCCUCGACCCGCCUGCUCUCGCUGGAGGAGGCUCAGGCCCGGACGCAGGCCCAGGCCCAGCAUGCGGCCCCUGGCCAGGCCAAAAGCCCUGAGGCCAAGCUUGGACGGGGUCCCCCAGGGAGGCUACCCCUCAUGCUGGACUCGCCCCAUGUCAGGCGCCAGACACGGGGCGGAAGCUGGAAAACCUUCUUGGCCUUGGGCAGGGCACCCGCCAUCAGCCACAAGAGAGUGCAGUGCCCGGGCAGGCAGACAGGACGUCGGGCCGACACCGUCACGCUGCGAUCUGCCAAGAGUGAGGAGUCACUCACGUCCCAGUCCAGCACUGCGGGCCUGCGCAAACUCCACCGCCUGCGGCGCCCACGCUCCAGCAGCGACGCUUUCCCGGCCCUGCCCGGGGCCCCCCCCGGGUCCCCACCAGCCCCCCUCAAGCCCUGCCGUUCCUGCGAGUCGCUGAGCUCCUCGGCCUCCGGUGGCUGCAGCGAGAGCCUGGCCGUGCUGCCGGACUUGGCACCCCAUCGCCGCGCCUCCCUCUGGCUGGAUGACGAGGGCGAGCUGGACUCAGACCUGGAGCUCAGUCCCCCGGGCUUCCUGGAUUUGGACCCACUCCCCUUCCGGCACAGCCCCCCCCGGCGCCCCUCACUCUCCGCCGCCUCCGACUCGGCCCCCAGCCCCGCCCGCCUUCCCUUCGCCUGCAAGGUGGCCCGGGCACUGUCGCCCCGCGGCCCGGAGCCCCCCACAGCCGCCCUGGAGAUCUCUGAGCCCGUGGCCAUCUCGCUGCCAGCCAAGGUGCUGGAGAUGCUGGGGGGGGGUGAGGCCGGGGGUGUGCUGAGGCCCGGACAGCGCCGGGGGACGCGCAGUCCCCCCCACAUGAUCUCCCGACUGCUGCAGGCCGGUGACGGGAUGCUGACUGACAGCUGCCAGCGCGAGGUGCGGCGCAAACUGACCCAAGCUGAGAGCGGAAGCCUGGCCCAGAGUCCUGAGUUGGAGGCUUCUCCCCCACUGCCCGGGGCGCUGGGCCUGCUUCGGCAUGUGCCGCCCCCCCCACCCCCGAAGAACCCGGCCCGGCUGAUGGCACUGGCGCUGGCGGAGAGCGCACACCGGGCCACCCGGCAGCAGCAGGGGGUGUCACACAGGGAGCAGCGUGCCCAGUUCCGGCGCUCCCUGUCCCUGGAAGGUGGCAGGGAAGGGGCAGCAGCGGGGCCGGGAACCCUGUACUCUGUGGUGCGCCCUGGCCCUGCUGCCCAGCUCCCUGGUCCCUCUCUGCAGCGCCAGGAGAGUGAGGGGGAACCCCGGGGCCAGCACCAGGAGCGGGCAGGGGGCCCCCAGGUCCCAUUGGUCCAAGCCCCUGCCCCGGGUGAAGAGGGGGGCAGGGCCAGCUCAGCAGCCCCUCCCCGUUACAGCAAAGGCCCCCCCGCCACCCACCACUGGGACCCCCCACGCCACCUGCCCUGCCAGACCCAGCCGCUGCCCUUCCCCCAAGUACUGGCCCCUGGCCCCCGCCACCCGCUGGCCCCGCCCAAGCCCCCAGCCCCCCUGCACUUCCAUCCCCCACCCGCGGCCUGUCUCAGCGUCACCCCCCCGUGGAUGGGCCCCCCCUCCGCCGCCCCUCCGUACCCUGCGGAGCCGCAGCUGCACCAGCGCCCACGCUUCCUGGCUCCCCACCCCCCCAGCGCUGCCCACCCCCCCCAGCGCCCACUACUGGAGCCCGCAGCCGAGAACCUGUACUACGAGAUCGUCCCAGAGCCGCCCGUCCACCGGCCCUGGCCUCUGGGCCCCCCGCAACCCCCAGCGCCCCCCGAGUACCUGGCCGCCCUCAACGCCUCCUACGGAGUCUUCCAGCGGCCCAGGCCUGGCCCCUCAGCCCCCACGCCACCCCUCUGGGCCGUCUUUGAGGAUGGGCGCGUCCACUACGAGCCACCAGAGCCCGUCUACGUCAACGUCCCCUUUGCUGGUCCUGCGGGAGGGCCAGAGGCCGGGGGGCUCUGCCGUGGCAGGGCCAGCCCCCCUUCGUCCUCAUCCUCUGCCUCGGCCUCCCCUCCGCUGGAGGGCGGGCACCUGCGCAGCCGCUCUGACCCUGGCGCUGCCCGCGCCGCCCUGCGCCGCCCCCCGGUGCCGGCCCUGCCACAGAAGCAGAGGCAGGGCCUGCGGGCGGCACCAGGCUGGGCCUACAGGCCCCCGCCGGUGCCUGGACUUUACCGCCAGCUGCUAGACGUGCUGCCCUGCGGCAGCACCAUGCUUCGGUUCUACCGCCCUGCGCCACCUGGCUGGGAGCCAGCCGCCGGCUGCACCACCCCCUUCACUGCCUACGCUGAGCCCUCACCCCGGCCUCCUGCCCUCCUUAGCCCCAGCCUGAUGGACGGUUACCGGCUGGGGCCCUGCCCCCCCUACUCCAAGCGCCUGCCCCCCCAGUACGGCAAUGUGGAGAGGAAGGAGGGGCCCCCCCCGCCACCCACGUGCCUGGCUCCCAACUGGACGGUGCGCUCUGAGGGGCAGACUCGGAGCUACUGCUGAAGGGGGGCCCAGGCUGGACCACGAGGCUGGAGGACCUGUGUUGAGCCCCCUCCAGGUGCUGACACACCCCCGCCUCCCCCGGGUGGAGGAUCUGAGCAUUGGCUGGGGUCCAUUGCUGAGACAGUCAGGCUGUGACAUCACAGGAGGCCCCAAUGACAUCACAAGGUCUGUAUGACACGCCUGAGCUGCUGCAGGACUGGAGUGACAUCACAAUGGGCUCAUCAAUGGCAGGAGGAUGGGCACUGUGACAUCACAAUGAGGCCACCAGUGGCAACACGACUGGUACAGUGACAUCACAACAGGCCAUCAAUGGUGUUGGGAUGAACACCUGAUGUGAUGGCAGCCCAAUUGCAUCACUGCUCCCCCAUGAUGUAACAGCUGUUCUCCAGUGACAUCACCACAUCCCGUAUGAUCUCACCAGGCUGCCGUUGCCAUCACACCCAGUAUGACAUCAUUGCCCUCCUUGACUAGGCCUCCACCUGCUGAGGCUCAGCGACCGCAUCAGUGUGACAUAGGGAGGGGGCAGUGGUGACAUCACCAGAACCAUGAUUGACGUCACUACCUGACUCCACACCCCCCGGGGGGCCAGUGUGGGGCAUCAAACUAUCAGGGUCUUGCCCCAUUGCCAGCCCUGGUAAUAGGGGGACCCUCCCUGUCCCCCUGUGUGUAGGGGGGAGGAGGGCUUUUCUAUAAAGCUGAGCAAGAUUUCUAACGUUUUAACCUUUUAUUAACCCAAUUAAAACACCCCUGCCCUGAGAUGGGAUCCCCCAGGGAGAGGGGGGGUGCCAAGGGUAGUGGUGGGAGGCUAAAGGAAAAAAAUCCCUCCCCAGCCUACCUGUCUGACCUCCCUGGUCAGCAUAGGCUGAGGUGGGGGCAUACAUACAACCCCCACUCCCGCAGAGUAUCUGCCUAGAUCUAGGGGUGUGGGGGGUGCCUACUGCCCCCUGCUGGAGGCGCUGAGCCCUGCUCAGGGGGCUUGAUGGUGGGUGCUUGGUUGUGUUCGUGGCUGUGGGUGUAGUUUUCUGGUUGUGGCAGUACUGCAGGGGGUGUGGGGGGGUAUGUUAUGGGGUAGCAGAAGGAACCGGGGGCACCCCCUGGCCCACCCAGUGGCUGAAAGCAGCGAUUGCUGGGGGAGGGUGGUGUCUGGCUGAUUUUAUUGCACUAACUCCCACUGUGACUUUGGGGGAUCCCCUGGGAGUUAUGACCUUUGACCUCCCCAUACCCUGUAACCCCCCCCAACCCCAUGAUAAAGGGGCAGUGCUGGGCCCAGUGUGGGUGGGGUUACUCUGGGAGUGCUGACCUCCACCAACACCCCAAUCCUAUAAACCCCGCCCCCCUCCCAGCCAAAGUCCCACCGAUAGUGGGGGGGCUAAUCCUGGUUCACCUAAUUCAGCCCCAUCCCCACUGCAGGGCCCUGGGGUGCUGACUGACGUGGGCGGGGGGGGGCAGGGUGCUGCUGUGACUGUUCCCCUGGUGAGUGUAUUUGUUGAAGAUCCUCCCCUCCCCCCAUUCUGUACUAAAUGGUUUCAACCAACCCCAUUAACUAAUAAAGACCAAAAAAAAACCCCA